UUUAUCUCGCGGAGGAGAUAGGUGUUACUGCCUCAUUCCCGCGUAGGAAUAUCUGAAGCACUUGCUCUGAGUCCGCGUGUGGAAACAGUGCGUGUUUAUGAAGUCGGAGUGAGGGACAGAGGCUACUAACAGACGUUGCUUGGUCAAGCCAGGACAGUGUCCGGAAUGGAUUUAUCUAUUAUGCCUGUUGUGUUGUCAUUGCUGCUCAUAGGAAUUAGCUACGCCCAAGAACUCGUGCUUAAUCCGAACACUACGAUUGUGAUGAAUUCACCAAACAAAGGAUUAGUAAUAAACUGCGAGGUUCGAGGAAUAACUGACGGGCAAAGAGCAAACGUACAAUGGUUGGACACAAAGGGCAAUGUCAUAGGACCUUACAGCAACAUGCGAACACCCAGGAUUUACUCCGAGCAGAUGGGCAACCGUAACCGACUGCGGUUUGCAACGCUGGUGAAUGGAGAUGCAGGAACGUAUACAUGUCGAGGCACCGUCGUAGGCAAGACCAUGACAAAAGAUAUACAGCUCAGUCUCAAUAAAAACGUUCUGCCUUCUAUCACGGCGCCCCCCACUUGGAGUACACCCACUGUCGGCAAGAGGUUCGAGUUGACAUGCCUAGCGGAGGGCAUUCCACCACCCUCCUUCAUCUUUGACAAGGACAAGUUCGCAUUGUCGGGUGAUAGAUACAACGUGAGCGUCACAAAGGGUGUGAAUGAAACCCAAGGGGUGUUGGUGAUCGAGGACUUCCAUUACGCCGACAGGGGAAACUACUCCUGCAUCGCCUACAACCAGGCUGGUCACGUGACCCGGACUGUCUUCAUCGACACACAUGUGCCUCCUGUUAUUGAACCUAUCCUAAACAUAUCGAAGCCAGAGGGCAGUGCUGCGGAGCUCGUGUGUGUUGCCAAGGGAAACCCUUCCUCGGUGGUGACAUGGAGACUCAAGGGCUCCGGUGUCCCCAUCACAGACAGUCGGGACAUCACUGUUGAAUACAUUCAGAAGGAACAGCCUCUGAUGCAUGUCACAACCGUGAAACUCAAGUUCGCCAGACUGGAACAAAAAGACGCCAACACCUACACCUGUUCGGCCUCCAACGUGGCUGGAACUGAUGAAAAGGAGGGCAGGCUUGCCGUUGAAUUCAAGCCUAACCUUGCGGACACUCCCUACUCGUCAAUCUAUGGCUCGGUGAACCACAAGACGGAGAUCAAGUGUGUUGCUAAUGCCGUACCUCUUCCUGUACUGUUUUGGAAACACAACAGCGUCAUGAUCAGUCAAGGCCCAUCCUUCAGGAUCAGUUCGAAGCAUGAAAAUCAAACGAUUAUCAGCAUUCUGGAGGUGUCGGUGACUGCUGAAAACGAAAACACCAUCUUUGGGAAAUACACGUGUGUUGCCCAGAACAUCCUAGGAUCGUCUGAGAAGGACAUCAUACUAAAGCAGGCUGCGGUGCCAUCUGCCCCUGGUGUUUCAAUUAAAGCUGUGUCGCCAACGACCAUCUCGCUACUGAUAAAGGCAAGUGGGACUGGUGGGCAGCCCAUCGAGGCCUACAAGGUUGUGUUUUACGCCGAGGGCGAUGAUCAAAACAAGGUCUCACAACUGAUACCUGUCAACUCAACGUCCCAGGGGAUGCAGACCCAGUUCGUCAUCAAUAAUCUUUUACCAAGCCGACAAUACGUCAUCAGUGUGGAGGCUCGCAACAACGUGGGGUAUGGGGCCAAGGCUGCAAUCACUACCAUGACUCGCCCAGUCCGUCAACCGAAUCAUCCAACAGUUACCUCCCCUAGAUUUAGUGAGGAUCCGAACAGUUACAAGUUGGUUUGGGAGAAACCUGGGACUGGAGGCAUGCCCCUGACUGGAUACAUGGUCAAGUAUUACCAGGUGGAACUGUCCGAGGGUCAGCCCGAUAAAGUGAAGGCGGUGGUUGGAGACAUGAAAACGCUAAGAAUUAACCAGGGCAAUGUGACUGAGAUUACACUGACUGGACUGAUGCCCAACUCCACUUACCAACUGCAGAUCCUUGCUACCAACGAUAUCGGGCUGUCCAUGCCCACACGUAAAAUAUUCACAACACCACCUGGUGCAUCAGUGCCAUCUGCCCCUGAUGUUUCAAUUAAAGCUGUGUCGCCAACGACCAUCCCGCUACUGAUAACGGCAAGUGGGACUGGUGGGCAGCCCAUCGAGGCCUACAAGAUUGUGUUUUACGCCGAGGGUGAUGAUCAAAACAAGGUCUUACAACUGGUACCUGUCAACUCAACGUCCCAGGGGAUGCAGACCCAGUUCGUCAUCAAUAAUCUAGCACCCAGGCGACGAUACGUCAUCAGUGUGGAGGCGCGCAACAACGUGGGGUAUGGGGCCAAGGCUGCAAUCGCUGCCAUGACUCUGGCCAUCCGGGAACCGAACCCUCCAACAGUUACCUCCCCUAGAUUUAGUGACUAUCCGAACAGCUACAAACUGGUUUGGGAGAAACCUGGGACUGGAGGCAUGCCCCUGACUCGAUACAUGGUCAGGUAUUAUCAGGUGGAACUAUCCGAGGGUCAGCCUGAGAAAGUGAAGGCGGCGGUUGGAGACAUGAAAACGCUGCUAAUUGACCAGAGCAAUGUGACUGAGAUUACAUUGACGGAAUUGAUGCCCAACUGCACUUAUGAACUGCAGAUCAGCGCUAUGAACCCUAUGGGAGUGUCCAAGGCCACACGUAAAAUAUUCACCACACCACCUGGGGGAUCGGUGCCAUCUGAUCCUGAUGUUUCAAUUAAAGAGGUGUCGCCAACGACCAUCUCGUUACUGAUAACGGCAAGUGGGUCUGGUGGGCAGCCCAUCGAGGCCUACAAGAUUGUGUUUUACGCCGAGGGCGAUGAUCAAAACAAGGUCUUACAACUGGUACCUGUCAACUCAACGUCCCAGGGGAUGCAGACCCAGUUCGUCAUUAAUAAUCUUUUACCAAGCCGACGAUACGUCAUCAGUGUGGAGGCUCGCAACAACGUGGGGUAUGGGGCCAAGGCUGCAAUCUCUGCCAUGACUCAGUCCGUCCAGAAGCCAUCAGCUCCGAGCAUUUCAGCUGAUGAAGUGACGUCCACAAGCAUCCGUCUGCUGAUUGCGAAAGAACAAGAAACUUGGGGGCUGCCCGUCAUGGAGUACAGGGUCGUUUAUUAUGCCAAAGGCAAUGUAAAAGGAAAGAUCAGAAGAAAGGUUCCUGUCAACAGAAACUCCAAGGACCUGCAGACUGUGUUCCUCAUUGACAAUCUGGGAGCCGGGGUUCAGUACUUCAUCAGGGUAAUGGCUCGCAACAACCUGGGUUAUGGAGCCAAGGCUAAAAUGUCUGUCAAGACAGCGUUCUUCACGGUACCAUCACUACCGAGUCUGUCAUUUGCCUCCAGGCUUGUGUACUUCACAGAGGCUGACGACGAGAGAAACGUCACACCAACGGCACCAGUCAGUCAGCCGGACCCUCGAAGAGUUACCUCCCCUAGGUCUAGUGAUAAUCCUAACAGCAACAAGUUGGUUUGGGAGAAACCGGACACUGGCGGCAAACCCCUGACUCUCUAUAAGUACAAGUCUUACCAGGUGGACGAGUACGAGGGUGAUCCAGCCACGAAAUACCCGAUAAUUGACCAGGACGAUACCACUGAGAUGGAACUCACUGACGCGAGGCCCAACUCCACCUACAAGCUGCUGAUCACUUCCAUGAACACCACAGAAGAAUCCCUGGCCACUAAAAUACUAUUCACGACACCACCUGGCGGACGUAAGUGGUAUCUUUUGCUGUUUGAAUCUUAUAUUUUUUAUACAUAAUGAAACACUUCCGCUCCGUCUAGGUUCACUUUCAUGAUUGUUUUCCUGUCCGGAUUCUGACUGACUGACUGAGUUUGGUUUUACGCCGCUUUCAGCAAUAUUCCAGCAACAUCACGGC